UGCUGUGAGCAGCGUCAGUUGCUGCGCGACGCUCAAGUAGAGCACAAGACACAGAGAUCGAAACGAGCAAAGCGCAACGAAUCAACGAAAAUGGAAAUGUGGAAAAUGCUUCGGCUGCUGCCAAAUUGUGGACAGCGACAACGACAGCUCAUGUUGUUGUUAUUUUUCUGUUGUCUCUGCUACUUGACCCAGCACUCUGAGGCCUGGCGACCAUGUCCGGAGCUGAGCACCGCUCUGCGUUUGCCAUGCAGAUGCAAUGUGGUGCCUUUUGCGGCAACCGGACAACUGGGCGCCGUGGCCAUGGACUGCGAUCGCGUUGUCUUUCACAGCGAUGCACCACAGCUGCCAUAUGGAGCGCCCAUCGUGGCAUAUACGCAACGUCACAGCGGCCAACAAACAUUGCCCGCCCAGACAUUUGGACAGUUGAAGUUGCCCAUUGAGGAGCUGGACUUGUCCAACAAUCUGAUACGUCGCAUUCCCGACAAGGCUUUCGUUGGCCUCAAGGACUCCCUUAACGAGCUGCGCUUGGCCAACAAUCUGCUGGGCGAUAAUCUGAAUCCCAUCUUCUCCACCGCCGAGCUGCACAGCUUGAAAAAUCUGCGACUGCUCGACUUGUCGGGCAACAAGAUCAAACUGGUUGAGGAGGGUGUGCUCAAAGGCUGUGUGGACCUCAAGGAGUUCUUCAUGGAUCGUAAUAGUCUCACCGAGGUGCCAGUUAAUUCGCUGAAUGGUCCAACUGCUCUGCGACAUCUUUCACUGCGUCAGAAUUACAUAACAACUCUGCAUCGUGAUGCGUUUAGUUCGCAAUCGCAGCUGGAGAUCAUUGAUCUGCGAUACAACACAUUGCGCAGCAUCGAUAGCCAAGCGUUCCAUGGACUGCGCAAGAUACGCGAAAUUAAGCUGGCUGGCAAUCGUCUUAGCAAUCUGAACAGCGAUGUCUUUGAGAAGUUGCCAACGCUGCAGAAACUGGAUCUCUCCGAGAACUUCUUUGGUCAGUUUCCCACUGUGGCAUUGGCGCAAAUACGCGGACUGAAGACUUUGAAUGUCUCCUCCAACAUGCUCCAACAAUUGGACUACACGCACAUGCAAGUUGUGAAAUCGCUGGAGACUUUGGAUCUAAGCCGCAACAGCAUUACGAGCAUUCCACCGGGCACAUUCCGCGAUCAGACUGCACUCAAAUACCUCGAUCUGAGCCUCAACUCGCUGCGCACAAUCGAGGACGAUGCUUUGGAGGGUUUGGAGAACUUGCAAACGCUCAUCAUCAAGGACAACAACAUUCUGCUGAUUCCAGGCAGCGCUUUGGGUCGCCUGCCACAGCUCAGCUCGCUGCAAAUGGACUUUAAUCGCGUGGCCGCGUUGUCGGCUGAAAUUCUCGGCUCAGUGCAAGCAGGCGACAUUACCACGCUCUCGCUCUCUCGCAAUGUGAUACGUGAACUCCCUCCUGGCAGCUUCCAAAUGUUCAGCAGCCUGCACACUCUCGAUCUAGCUGGCAACUCGUUGGCCAUGAUCAAUGCGGAUACUUUUGCGGGCUUGGAGAGCACGCUGAUGCAGCUGAAACUUUCACAGAACAAACUCAGCGGCUUGGGCGGUAUGCCAUUGGUGUUGCCAGAGCUGCGCAGCUUGGAUCUGAACAACAACAAUCUUGGCGAGAUUUCACCAAACAUUUUCACAGAACUGGAGAAUCUGCAAUCGUUGAAUCUGAGUGGCAAUCAUCUGGCUCCCCUCACUCCAAUGCUAUUCAAACCUUUGAGUCGGCUGCAGAUCAUUGAUCUGAGUCAUUGCAGCAUACGUCAGCUGAGUGGCGAUGUGUUGGCUGGUCUGCAGGAUCUGAAGCACAUUUACUUGGCAGGCAAUCAGCUGCAGGAGUUGCAGGAUGGCAGCUUCCUCAAUCUGUGGAACAUUAGCUUCAUUGAUCUGUCCGACAAUCGUAUCAAUUCCAUACGCGCCGGCGCCUUUGUCAAUGUGAUGCAGCUGAAACGUUUGGAUCUGCAUGGCAAUCAGCUGUCUGCCUUUAAGGGGGAGUUCUUCAACACGGGCACAGGCAUCGAAGAGCUGGACAUCUCACACAAUCAACUGAGCUAUCUGUUUCCUUCCUCCUUCCGCAUUCACCCGAGAUUGCGUGAAAUACGCGCUGCCCACAACAAGUUCUCAUUCUUCCCCGCUGAGCUCAUCACAACGCUGCAAUAUCUGCAACACAUUGAUCUGUCCCACAAUCAGCUAAAGACCAUCGAUGAACUGGACUUUGCCCGACUGCCACGACUGCGGGUGCUGCUGCUGGCCGACAAUCAACUGGAUAUGGUCAGUGAAAUGGCAUUCCACAACUCGACACAACUGCAAAUUGUCGAUCUGUCCAACAACAAUCUGGAUCGCAUUGGCGAACGCACCUUCGAGGGUCUCGUGCGUCUCGAGCAGCUCAACCUGGAACACAAUCGCCUCUCGGAGCUGUCCGAUGGUGUCUUUGAGCACUCCAAGCUGCACAUGCUGGAAAAUAUUAAUCUGGCGCACAAUCGCUUCGAGUAUGCGCCACUCAAUGCGCUACAGCUGCGUCAAUUCUUUGUCUCCUCGGUGGAUCUGAGUCACAAUCGUAUUCGUGAACUGCCUAAGGAUGAUGGCAUCAUGAUGAACAUCAAGAGCAUUGAUUUGUCCUUCAAUCCUCUCACUCCACAAGCAGUGCACAAUGUGCUCAACGAGCCCAAAACGGUCAGGGAAGUGAAUCUUGCCGGCACGGGCAUUCAGGAGCUGCAGCUGCUGGAAACUCCUUUCCUGCAAUCGCUGAAUCUGUCGCACAACAAGCUGCGCAACAUCAAGUCCGAGGUGUUCCAACGCGUCACGCUGCUAGAAUCUCUGGAUCUGUCCAGCAAUGAGCUGCUUUCGCUGAGCGAUCUCUCACUCGCCUGGCCACAGCUGCAGGUGCUCCAGGAACUGGAUGUGUCCAACAACAGCUUCGAACUCAUCUCACAAUCCAACUUUGCACAGCUGGAAAUGUUGCGCAGCCUGCGCUUGAAUCACUUGCCGCUCUGCAGUCGCAUCGAGAAGAAUGCCUUCCGCACGCUCCCGAAUCUGGCCACGUUGGAGGCUUAUGAUCUGCCGCUGUUGGGCUAUCUGGAUCUGCAAGGUAUCAUGGAACUACUGCCGGGAUUGGAGAUGCUAGACAUUGAGGUCAAGGAUGGCACAAUUGGCAGCGAACAAAUACAACCGCUGAAGCAUCCACGGCUUAGCUCGCUUGGCAUACGUGGCGAGCGUUUGAAAUCCAUUUCCUCGGGUACCUUGGCGGGUCUCAAGAGCAGCGAGUUGACGAUCAAACUCCAGAACACCUCGCUGACUGCCUUGCCACCUGCGCUACUGUUCCCCGUGCCACGCUCCUCACAUCUGACACUCAAUGUGCAUGGCUCCAAGAUUGGCGCGCUGGUGCCGCAGUUCCUAAACGCUCUGGAGGAUCGUCGUGCCAGCCUGCAGUUGCAGGGUCUGGAAAGUAAUCCCAUCAACUGCAAUUGCGAAGCACGCGCGCUGCGUCGUUGGCUGCCUAACUCAGGCAUGCCAGACUUGACUUGUCACGAGCCGCCUUACAUGGCCGGGCGCAAGCUCAUCGAAGUGGGCGACGACGAACUCACCUGCGAUCCACGACGAAUGACUUCAACGACGCCGGCUUCACGUCCCUCCACGCCGCUGCUGCAAAAGAGCUCCAGCCAACUGGUGACACGCACCAGCAGCAGCGCCACCACCGAGGAACCGCUCAUCAUCUGGAGUCUGGAGCCCACACAGCCGACGAUAAUGAAGAUUAAGACAAAGGCGCCGCUGAUGAAGGCCCAAGCGCCCAUCAUUGGCAACGAUGAUACUUUGAUCAUUGGCAUCGUUGGUGGUGUGGUCGCCUUCAUAGCCAUACUCAUCAUCAUCAUUUGUAUUAUACGACUGCGCAUGAGCAACGCCGAGUAUCAGCAGAGUGCCGCCAUGAUGGGCAUGCCAUCGGCCAUGCAAAUGGGCGCUCACAAUGCCGCCUACAAUUACAAGUCGAGUGGCGGAGCGCCGACAGCAGCUCUGUACGCUGUGCCACCAUAUCAGGCGAAUUACGCAACGCUGCCGCACAAGGCGGCCUCCAUUCAUCAGUCCACACAGAAUCUGUCUCAGCGCCAGCAACAGGCUGUGCAACAAGCGGCAGCUGCUCAACAGGCAGCAGCUGCUGUUGCCGCCUACUCGACCAUGUCACGCAUGUCGUACUUCAGUGGAGCUGGAGCGGGAGCGGGAGCUGGCGGCGAUGGUGCUGAGAGUUUAUCACAGCACCAACAGCAGCAGCAUCAACAUCAACCAUACAUUAUUUAUUCGGAUGACAAGGCAUAUAGAUAAACACGUUGUAGAGAUUGCUUAGUCAAAUCUGUAGAUCAUCCUCACUUUUCUCCAUCUAUCUCAGUCAAAUCAGCAGAACAGGUUCUACACAAUAAUAAUAUUAAUAAUGAUAAUAAUAUAUGAAUAUGAAUAACAAUAAUAUUCAUUGUCAGCUUAUGUUGUAUAUAGACUUAGUACACUCUUAUCUGUAUCGUAUCUGUAUCUUAACAAUUAAUUAAGUCGAAAUAUAACGCGUAUGCGUAAUAAACAAAUUAUAGUAUAAUAA